AUGAGGGAAAUAUUGUCUAUUUAUAUCGGACAAGCUGGCACACAGCUUGGCAGUGCUUGUUGGGAAUUAUUCUGCCUCGAGCAAGGAAUUACACCAAAUGGCCAAUUCUCAAGUGUAAAGCCAAUCUCUUAUGAUGAAAAUCUUGGCACACUUUUUUCAGAAACCGAAAAAGGCAAGUAUACUCCAAGAGCAGCUUUUUUUGAUCUAGAGCCUCUGAUUAUUAAUGACAUCAUGUAUGGACCAUAUCGCGAGCUAUAUGAUCCUGGCUUGUUUAUUUCAGGUAAAGAAGAUGCUGCUGCUAUAGCAGAGGACAUUAUACACUUGGACGAGAAAUAA